UGUGUGAAAGGUUUACUGCGUGUUGAUUGACUUGAUUGACUUCUAAGACACUUACACAGCGUGAAGAGUGGAAUCUGUUUUUAACUGAGGAUGACGUAAGCGUCCUCGAUAUCAACCCUCGAGAGACAACCCUCAGCCCAGACUCAAGUCAGUGGAGACAGGAACCAGCACUGAACCUGGCGCCAAGCCAGUGAGAGUGACCAGAUGGCGGGUUUAGUGUAUGAAAGUGACAGGAGAGACAUUAUCGUUAUUCUAGUGUUUCUUUCCUCUCUCAUCGGAGCUGUCAGCAGUGAGAGUACUGGUACAGAAAAAUGCGCAGCAAAAUAUAAAGAUUGCUUUUGCGAAGACGACCACUGCUUCUUCACAGUUGAUAAAAAUAUGACCUUCAGCGUUGCUGAGCAGUAUUGUCUUGAACAGGGCGGACAUUUAGCGACAGUUCGGAGUGCCAACGUGCAGCGAAGACUUCAUGGGAUAGCUGGAGAAAGACGUGUUUGGAUUGGUGCAAGAGAGCACGUGAUGUCGACAUGGACGUGGUUGGAUGGAACUUCAUAUAUCCCAAGUGGUUUCAAUCAAUUUGAUACCUCAAACAGCGAGUCCACAGCUGUGAUGCUUUCAAGGAGCAGGAGGCAGUGGACUUGGAAAUCAAGCUUUAAAUUCGGAGGAAGAGGGUUUGUUUGCGAAACAGGUAAACUUGGAGAGAACAUGAACUGUACCCCGAGCAAUAACGAUGAUGUUGAGGUAUUUCCAUGGGAUGGUCGUUGCAUCCUGUACAGUCUAGGCAAACAGUACUACUCGUGGUAUCAUGCGAGACAAGCAUGUGACGUCCUCAAUGCAGAUCUCAUAAAAGUGACAACCGAAAAAUUGCAGACAAAACUUUGGUCGGUAUUUGGUGUUUUGUCGCCCGACGAGCGUUGGAUUGGACUGAGGAAUAAUGUAUGGAGAUGGGAGUCCAGCGGUCAAGAACUAAAAGAAUGGCACUGGUCAGAUAGGGUGGUUGGAGGAGGAUCGAGACAUUGUGUCGUUCUUGAUAAUCGCUCACCAGAAUUUAGAAGCUGGGAACCAGUAUCCUGCACAGAAGAGCACAGCUUUGUUUGCGAAAUUCAAGGAAAGGCGCAGAAGGAGGGAAAAGAAAAGCACCCAGAAAGCGAAGGUGCUCCAUCGCAGGGCAAUGUGGUCGGUAUAGCAGUAGGCGUUGUGGUAGCAGUUCUCCUUCUAAUUGUGGUAGUGGUGCUCGUGGUGUUUUGCAAACGACGUAAAAGGGCGGCUCAGGCUAGUGGCGGUGUUCAAUAUUCAGAAAUUCCUCGAAGUGGCGUGCAGGACAAAAACACAAACCAAGACACUUACGCCUAUGCUUCCACCGUUCUUCCAGCAGAUUGUACGAAAGAUACUACGGAUUCAAAUGCGUACAGUUACGCAACACCCCGUGUACGCAUGGCACCUCUCAUUCUCGAGGACGAAAAUGCGUACGCAUACGCAACAAAUAACCCAUCUAAACAUACUGGCAAGGCAGCAAUGACAGACAUCAAAAUUUCAGAUGGACCGAAGAAGGAUAACGCAAAUAGUGAUCGAGAUGAAGAUGUGAGCCGUUUAUACAGCAAACCGAAUAAAGCCAAAAAUAGAAAUGUAGACGAAACACAGAAUUUUGUAGAGCUAAAGGAAAACGAAUUAUAUAAUCAUCAGUGAUUUGAAAAAGAGAUUUAUCUCAUUUUUUUCAGGACGCAGAGUAACUUAACACGGAACAAUUACUUUCAUAAAUUCCAGUCUUAUCAUGUUUAUUUCACUUGAAGAGCUUGUCAAACUUUCAACCAUAUGCAAACGCCAAAUAGCUUGAGUUACAGUGUAAAUGCUUGGAGAAUAUAUUGCUUUUGCAACUUUUAAAUAAAUUUUGUGGCUUACUAAGACAGGGAGGGGCGGCCAGAUAAGGAAAAAGAGAGAAAAAAUGAGGAUUAUCUGAGAUGUGCCGCACAAACCAUUGCUGAUAUCAACACCUAAAGAGAUUGCGGGUUUCUCUCAAUCCCUUAAUAAUUUGUCGCUCAGUCUGUGAUUUUGUUUAACGACCUUCCCUUAAAAUAAAAUAUCGCACUGGUUUUG